AUGGGUGCGUCGACGUCCAAGAAGGACAACACCCGCACGCCGCACAGCGACGAGGGUGCAGAGGGCGGGAGCAGGGGCGCAGCAGUCGAGACCCCGGUCAGACCGGCGACGACGUCGAUUCAGGCGCCAACGAGCGGGAGCGGGGUGGCGCCUGUGGGCGGACGGGCAACGCUGGUGCCGACGGUGUUUCGGUGGAUGGGCGGCGGAAAGUCUGUCUUUGUCUCGGGCUCGUUUGACGGGUGGGCGACGCGUAUUCCGCUGGCCAAGUCGACGUCGGACUUUGCGACCAUCAUCGAUGUGCCGCCAGGCACCCACGAGUACAAGUUCAUUGUGGAUGGGACGUGGCAGCAUGCGCCGGACCAACCUGCGAUGGAGCACACUGAUGGCAACCGCAACAACGUGGUCAACGUGUCAGUUGCCGAGGUGUUCUCGGAUGAGGAGUGGAUCGAUGGCGACACCGGAAUCGCACCCGAGGACGAGAACGAGGACGACGAGGGAUGGGGCCAGGUCGAGCCCGAUGCACCCGACCAGUACGCGCGCCCGCCCAAGUCGGUGCCACCGCACCUCAUGAGAUGUAUUCUCAACACGUGGCAGUCGAAGGACAACGCGGCGGUCCUUCCUAUCCCGCACCAUACCCAGAUCUCGCACCUGUACCUGCAGCGCGGCUCGCAGCCGCACCUCAUGUCGAUUGCCACCACCGUCCGAUACCGACGCAAGUUUGUGACCACGGUUUACAAUGCGCCUGCGGUGUAG